AUGUCUGCUGUUGCUGAUUGUGUAUUACUACUCAUUGAUGAUGAUGAAUUACUACUCAUUGAUGAUGAUGGUUGUGAUGAGCUCAUUGAUGAUGAUGGUUGUGAUGAACUCAUUGAUGAUGAUGGUUGUGAUGAACUCAUUGAUGAUGAAUUAUUACUCAUUGAAGAUGAUGGUUGUGAUGAGCUCAUUGAUGAUGAAUUACUUUCAGAUUUAUUUUCAGACUGA